AUGGCAGGCGCAAUACCACUACAUUUCUUUUUUAAGCGUUUAGACGGGUCGGAUGUACUGGAAACAUUGCAUGGAAUAUCAAAAUGUUCAACAUUAAUUAUUGAACCGGGUCAUCUGGAUAAGAAUGUUGACAUAUGCAAAAAAUUGGCGUGUAGCUUUCAACCAGAAAUAAGCAGCUCUAUAUCUAGUAAGUCAUUGGCUGAUUUAUACCAGGUCUUGUUACUGCAACCUUCUGACAACGGGACACGAUGCUCUACUGUUGUCGACCUCAUAGAAAAGGGAAAAGUUUCAAAUAAUGCUCUUCCUUUAAUAUCACCAGAUGACAUUGCUGCAAUAUUUCUCACCUCUGGUAGUACUGGAAUCCCAAAAGCAGUUCCUCACACUCAUUUAUCGCUGAUUCGAAGUUUGUAUGAUUUUGGAAACUACAUGGAUCUAGAACCUUGCACUAGAUAUUAUAAUGAUCGACCCUUUAGUUGGCUUGGUGGCUACCCUGGUGUUUACAUGGUUCACCAGUCCACACGAGUUACUGCAAGUGAUAUCAUGGCAUUAAAGACCAUUGACGAAAUAAACUGUUUUACCACAAAAGCACUUGAUAAAGAAAAGUGUACCGUGGCUUCGUUGAUAACUCCAUGUUUACACGAUAUGAUGCAUAACAAAUUACCACCGUGUAAACAAUGGCCAAUGAAAGUGAUUGCAACUGGAGGUUUGCCAGUGGAAUCAUCAUGUACUAAGGCAGCAGGUGUUAUUGCUGACAAGGUUGUUGUGGUGUAUGGUAUUACCGAGGUUGGAUUUGCCUCCACCAUGUCGGUUUCAAAUCCAAAUGAUUUUGAAGAUCACACAAUCGGGUAUCCAGCACCAGGGGUUGAACUGAAAAUAGUAGACGAUGACGGGAACAUUGUAACAAAGGGAACUUCCGGAGAAAUAUACUUCCGCAGUAGAGAUCGUUUUCAAGGUUACAUGAAUAAUAAGGAAAAAAGUGUUUUAUGUUCAGACAAGGCCGGAUGGUAUAAGACUGAUGAUAUUGGAGUUAUGAGAGAAAAUGGUAGCUUUGUUAUCACAGGGCGGAAAUCCGACAUGAUGAUUAUUGGUGGCCUUCUUGUGUCCCCACUUUAUGUCGAAAACAUUAUUAAGAAACAUCCUAAGGUCGUUGAUGCUUACAUUUAUCCUGUGCAUAAUGAUAAAAUGUUUCAAUGUGCAUAUGCUGCGAUUGUUGUUGAACCAGAAGGAGCACUCAAUGAAGAAAAUCUAAGGAAUUAUAUAGUUCAACAACAAGCGGGAAAGCGAGAUUCAUUUCUUGCAAAACGUUACAUUCCAGAACAUUUUAUCUUCUACAAAGAACUGCCGCACACACAUAAUGGAAAAUUAGAUAGAAAAGCCACGGCUUUAAUGAUUAAAUUAACCAAAGGUAUUACAUCAACAUGA